AAGUGAAGAAGCUGAUACGAAAGUUUGGCUAUAAAAGCCAAGUCAGCGCAACCGGAUUCGGUGAUAUGGCGGUUGAAUGAUUCGAUUGCGGACGAGAGACAAUGUUACCAUUAUCCUUACUCAGAACUGCUGUCAACCACCCAAUGCUGGUGGAGUUGAAGAAUGGUGAAACGUACAAUGGUCAUUUGGUCAGUUGUGACAACUGGAUGAAUAUUAACCUACGAGAGGUUAUCUGCACAUCCCGGGAUGGAGAUCGAUUUUGGCGAAUGCCCGAGUGUUACAUUCGAGGAAGCACGAUCAAGUACCUUCGCAUCCCCGACGAGGUCAUCGAUAUGGUGAAAGAAGAGGUCAUACUGAAGAGCAAAGGUCGUGGUGACAUGAAAGGGCGUGGCGGACCACAGCGAGGCCGUGGUGGACGAGGUACAUUUGGUGGCCGAGGAGGUCGUGGCGGCAGUGUAGGUGGACGCGGUGGAGGAGGAGGCGGCCCAAGACCAGGCAAGCCCCGAGGUGAUUGAGCAUCACGGUGGGGCAGACGUCACAGCAAGACUCACAGACAGAGGAGAGAGAGAGAGAGAGAUUGUACAAACAACAACAACAACAUACAGUGAUUAUUGACCGUUGGGUGGGAAGGGGGAUGGGGAGCUUCACCCCCACCCACACCAUCUCUUCCUUCUCUCUUUUACCUAAAGGAGAACAAAAUAAAGAAAAAAAAGAUGAACAUUUUUUUUAUAAAUGGCAAACACAAAGAAUCGAUCACAAAGUUGAACAGUAUUAACAACAACAGCAAUAAAACAACGACGACAAUAGCAACAAAAAUAGCAGCAACAGCAUUUGUCUGGACAAGAGCUACAACAUUAGCAACAACAAGGGCUGCAACAUUAGCAGCAACAACAAGGGUGCCAACAUUAGCAACAACAACAGGGGUACCAACAUUAGCAACAACAAGGGAGCAACAUUAACAACAACAACAAGGACUGCAACAUUAGCCACAACAACAAGGGUUCCAACAUUAGCAACAACAAGGACUGCAACAUUAGCAACAACAAGGGCUGCAACAUUAGCAACAAGAGCAGUGGCAUCAACAGCAGCAGCGACAGCAUUAGCAAGGACAACAGUAACAUUAGCAACAACAACCACCACCACAACAGCAAUCUCCUAGCAUUUCUGUUGCAAACAUUCCACCUUAGACAUCGCACACACACACACUGCUGUGUCUUUGUGUGUGUGUGAAUAAUCUACAGACACUUAACUGCCCCUGGAGGGGAGAAAAAGAGAGACUACAAUCCCCCUCCAUACAAACCAGUGGCAGCAGUGGGGGUUGGGCUUCAGUUUUCAAUAUAAAUUGUGUUUUUUUCUAAAAA